UACAUUCCAAAUGUGAGGACUAAGGAUCACACUCUAGAUUUUGUCUAUAAAUUAAUGAUGCUGCCGUUAUAUUAUUACUACGUACAAGUAUUUAAAUAAAAUCCACAUCACAAACAAAAAACAACUACAAGUAUAGAUUUAUUAGAAAAAACAGCUUACCAACCUGCUUGUCAGCCCAACCUAACCCAACCCAAAAGUAUCCAGCUUGAGCAUGGCUGAUGAAAUUGCGGAUCCAAUCAAAGACUUAGCCAAGUCUUUGAUCAUCGAUACGAUAAAAGAAUGGUACUCUUACAUAAAGAGCUACAAUGAUAACAUGAAAGAACUUCGAGACGAGUACAAUAACUUAGUUUCUCUCAACAAUACCUUCAGUAACAUGGUAGAGCAGCGAAAACAGCAAAAUAUGCAUAAGAGUACACCAAUCACUGAUGAUUGGCUUGCCAAGGUUCACAACCUCGUCGAGAAAGACGAGAAUUUGACGCAUCUCAUUGACGAAAAGACAAGAAAAGGCAAGGAUCAGUGUUGCUUUGGCCGUGUUAACUGCAAUUUGUAUCGACGCUAUGAGAUGAGUAAAAUAGCUCAAAUUAAGGUCGAUGAAAUCAAGAAAGUAAUCAAAGAUAAACCAGAUGAGUCAAUGAUCACGGAACCUCGAACAGAUUUGAUACCCACCCCUAACGAAUUCAUGUUGGGCUUGAGUUCAAGAGUUGAGCUUAUGGAAAUAAUACUCAAAAAGUUACGAGAUGAUUACGUUGAUGUCGUUGGCAUUUUCGGCAUGGGAGCUAUAGACAAUAUUCCCAUCGCUGGAACACUUGGUAUUGAGACGGUGUGAUAAAAUUGUACAAUUGUGGGAAGUGAAUUGUAAGGAGAUGAGUUACUAUUCCAGCUUUAACAAUUUGCACUCCUUACAAAUCGACGAUUGUGACAAACUUGAAACUUUGGGAUCCCUCUCCAUAGCAACUGCACUUGUACAACUAAAAAAUUUAUCCAUAUGCGGGUGUCCACUUCUAAGGGAAGUCAUAAGUUCCGAGGAAAUGGAGGCUCCAACAUUUGGUGACAAAAUCCUUCCAUCCAUUCAAAGUGUUGAGCUAGAUGACUGCCCUGAAUUGAAGGUGUUCAUAUCAGGAGAAAAGCUUAACGAUAAAUUUCUCAAGUUGUCAUCUUUUCAUCAACUUAAAAUUGAAGAUUGUCCAAAAAUGGUUUCUUUCUCAUUUGGACCUUCUUUCAAGACUCCCAAAUUAAAUAAAGUAAUACUUGAUUCGAGCGAGUAUGAGAUUAAAGACGACAUUAAUUCCUUUCUUCAAAGUCACAACAAUCCCAAGCCCAAGGUAAUCUACUCCGCUCACCUUGUAUGGAGUGAUAUUUUUGGGGUCUAAAAUAAAGAGGUUUUAUAAUUUUUGUUUUUGUAGUUUUUUGCCUUUCAUUACCAAAUCAAUCUAAUUCA